AUGUCAUCUGAAUCCGGGAAAAGCGACGACAAGAAAGUCUUACAUGGGUUCCACAUGCAGAUUCCAACGCAACAACCCAAACUACACAAGAAACGAAAACGGGAGUUAGGCAGCACACUUGAUCUAUCGAGUUCCUCGUCUUCCAGUUCAGACGAAGAUGAAGAUACUAAAAGGGCACCUUCUAGCAUGAAACGACUCCUUGGAAACGGCAAAGGGAGAGAACUGCACGCAAAGGAAGAGGAGAGCUCUGGAUCAGCGACACCGGAUGAACCCUUAAACUUGCUGCGAAAAGGGCCGGCUCACUUGCAAGCACAACAGCCCGAAGGUUGGAGAGUGAAACUCUAUCGAUUGAAUGCGGACGGUUCAUGGGAUGAUUGUGGAACUGGUCGGAUAGCCUGUCUGUAUAAGCAGCAAACAAAGGAGACCGCGAAUGCAGCUGGAGACGCUUGGAUUUAUCAAGAGUUAAAAGAACCUACAUUGUGCAUGCAAUCAGAAGUCACGGCUGCUGCAGCGAGAAUACUUCUACGAACAAGGAUUCUACUACGAGAUGCUUAUCAACGCCAAGGCGAGAAUAUAAUUACCUGGUGCGAGCCGUAUCUCGAGGAUGGAAAUGCGUCUCAGGGAGUCGAUUUAGCAUUGAGUUUUCAAGACAAUUCGGGAUGCUUGGAUAUUUGGCGACAGAUCACCCAAGUGCAAUCCAAGGCUGCAGAGCUCUUCCGUCGCGCUGGAGUUGGAGCAAGUGUAAUGAACGUCGAUGCGGAUACUAGCGAACCUGGAGAGACAACUGUCAAUGUCAAUCAAACAAAUGGAACGGUUGGAGCUGUCACCCACACGGUCGCUGUACCUCACCCGACAUCGCUGCAGCAACAAGAGGCAUGGGUGAAUGUAGCAUCUAAGAUGGAAAAACAAUCUAUGGGAGGAGAUGGAAACCAACAAAUGCAACAAAUGCAACAACACUUUGAAGAUUCCUACAACGAAAACAGUCCGCUCCAGCAGCCAUUAAACUUGACGCAGUCACCACAACUUCCCAACCCUCCGACCCUCCAGAAGUUGGAAGAAAUUGCAGAUACCAUUGCUUCAAUCCAGCAUCUACAGCAACGCGAGGCUUUAGCGAUGUUCAUCUCGCAGAACGAGUGUCAGUAUCUGAAAUCUUUGAUCUCUCUUUUUCCGUCUGCGGAGGCUCGCGGUGAUUACGCGUCGUUAGCAACUCUGGCUGCUUGUGCCAAAACAAUUCUACUUUUGAACGAUCCUGCACUGAUUGAGCUAAUAGUAUCCGACGCUCAAAUAUUUGAGGAUGUAUGUGCAACCUUGGAGUAUGACCCCGACCUUCGUGAUAAAGCAAACCACCGAUGGUUUCUCAGGGAAAGAGCGAAGUUUCGAACGGUUGUUUUGAUGGAUGACGAGGAACUUGUCGAAGCUAUUCAUCGUUCUUUCCGUGUCACAUAUUUGCGGGAUACCCUCUUGCGGCCGACGAUGGAUGAAAGUAGUCUUUCGACACUCUCAUCAUUGCAAACAUUCACUCACGCGGACGUAGUUAAGGGAGUCACAAAGUCACCAGUAGAAGCCGAAGACAAGAGUGAAUUGCUGAAGGAUAGCUAUUUGGCAAAGAUUAUUCGAGUUCUCGGACGCGAGUUGCUCUCAAUAUCUGCACUGGAGUGGGAAGAGGUGGAGUCAUUGCCAGCCGAGAGUGAUGUACAGGCAUAUCUCGUUCAGCGAGCUGAAGAUAUUGCAGUAGAUGCAUCGACAGUUGCCACACCAGCGCCGUUAACACAAUCACGAAAAGCGACCAUAUGGAAGCAACAUCUGAUGCCUCAAGAUGUUUCUCUUGUGUCACGUAGAGCCAGGAGGCGAGGUAGCCUCUCGUUUUUGCGGGAACUGUUCAACAUGGUUCGCAACUCGCUCCAACAAACAGACCAAGAUGAUUUCUUUGCCGUGCUUGUCUCGAUGGAAGUCGACCUCUCCUAUGGGGAAGAUGGGGAACUUGCAAUGGAGGAAAAUAAUAAGGGGAAGGUGGUCAAUCUUCUGUCGCUAUUGGGAACGAUUCUUUCUGAUCCCAAUAUAGAUGUCACUGAAAAGGGCUCUGCUUUGGAGAUUGUUGCUGGAAUUGCUGUUCAUGAUACCAGCUUGAUCCGUAGUCGUUGCCUAGAUUGCUACGAGUCAGCAAAGAUGGAGACGUCACAGUCAAUGCGCCCACGCCCAAACGAGAAAAAGCACAUUAUCUUUCAGUGCCCUCCAAAUGACCUUCUUGCUUCACUCUUAUUCCUCCUAGCUACAGAGAUAGAUGCAGGAGUUCUCCUUCAAGUAUCGGAGAUAAUGCGCAUAAUUUUGGACACCGACAUGAUGGGAGAUCAUGGACCAAUGGGUGCAAGUUUUUCUGACAAAUCCGAAGAAAUUCCGCCGAGUGGUCAGAAUACCUCCCAUGAACACCCGAAUCAUCAAUCUGGCUCAACAACAGAGCAAAACAAGUUUCUUUCCAUGUUCUACGAACAUUACAUUCAGUGGCUCGCUGCGCCUUUUCAAUACGCUAUAUUCUAUCCUCUUCUUCGCAUGCGGAAGAAAGAUGUCUCACAUCAGCCGCCACGGGUGAUGAUGCAAGCACUUGAGGACUUUGAGAAAGGGAGUUACAACAAGAAUCAAAUUCUUCGAAGUGUUCCCUUGUCUGCACUGCGAAGCUCAUUUGCUGUUGAGCUGUUGAGCUUUUGUGUCCGUGCUCAUGUCUAUAGGAUGAAGUGUUAUUUGCUUCGAUCAGGCAUUUUGGGAAGCGUCUUGAGACUUCUCAAGCCAGCAAACCCUUCCGAGCCUCUCUCUGGAGACCGAUGCCUGAAACUAGCUGCAUUAAGGUUCUUGCGUGAGAUUUUGUCAGUAAACGACGAGUUCUACCAUCGGCAUAUCAUUCAGCAUAAUCUUUUUGGUCCAGUGUUCGAAGCAUUUCGCGCCAACCCAGUGGGUGACAACUUGGUGUCGUCAGCAACAGUUGAAAUGUGCGACUUUAUACACUCCGAGAAUAUCAACUCACUGAUCGAGCAUAUCGUGACAAAGCACCUCUCAGUGGAGGGGACUACGAAUCCAAGUCUCGAAGAUCUUUCAAGCACCUAUGUGAACACGCUUACCGUCUUGCGAACAGCCUACGAGAAGAAUCUCAAGGAAGCUCCUAUGAGCGAAAGCGUCGACGGUAAAAGUGAAGCAACUAUUAACGGUGGUACCAGAUAUACCGGUGGAAGUGAACGUACUAUUUUGAAUGAAAAAGCAUCCGAGGAUCAGCGGAAAUUCCGAGAAGUUGACAACGAAGAAGCUUACUUCGAAGGUGAUGACGACGACCCGUCAUCUGGAGACUAUCGAUCAAACACACAAGACGGUGCAUCAAAUUUAUUCUCGUUUGUCCAAACAAGCAUGACUCGAGGAGGAUCAAGCUCUACUUUUGCGGGAGAUCAGCAGACGGCUCAAGGAAAAAUGGAAGAAAAGUGUCCUGGGAACUAG